AUGGACUUCAAAAGUACAAAGUUUUUCCUGACAACUGCAGCCGCUGUGAUCGUCGCUUCACAGGUAGCCAAAAAGAUUUACAAUUAUUUUUUCAACGAAAAGGCAAAAUCAUCUCCUGAAUUUAAUAUCAAUGACUCUUGCGAACUGCUAACUAACAGAAAUCGUGAAAUAAACGAUGUCAUCUUAUUUUCGGACGAUGUUAUUCGUCAUACCAUCAGAGUACCACCAAACAAAGAAAUAACCAUAUGUGAAAGUCGUGAAUUAAAUUGUUUCAAGUUGAUUAAAUACAUAAAGUCAGCGAGAGAAACGCUAGACGUUUGUAUGUAUCUUAUCACGAGCAACGAAAUUGCUGAGCAGAUUAUACGACUGGGACAAAAACACAUUUUGGUGAGAAUAGUCGUUGACAGCGACAUGGCUUACACACCGCCGUCACAAAUCAAGAAGCUGAAAGAAUAUAGUUUCAUCCAAAUACAAACAAGCAAGAAGUCAAUACUAAUGCAUCACAAAUUCUGCAUCAUUGAUGGGCCUAAGGCUAUUAAACGCAAAAACACCUUAAAGACCUAUGCCGAAAAGUUGAAUGUGUAUUCUCAAUGCAAUAAAAGUGCAAAACAAACAACGAAAUAUAAACCUGUUAAAGGUUUCGUUAUGUCCGGUUCAUUGAAUUGGUCCACCCAUGCCAUGGUAUCUAAUCAUGAGAGUGUAAUAGUUACUUCACAUCCAAAUAUUGUUGGUAAAUUUGAAAAGGAAUUUGAGAGCCUCUGGAUUGAAAAUGAUCCGGCCAUAAUGACAUCAACAUGCUAA